AAUAGUUGCUACACACUUCGCUUUCGCUGACCCUUUUUCAAGAAUUUCAAGAAUGAGUCAAGAUUUAUUUACGAACCCAUUUGGAAUUCCUCCGCCGUCUGAUGAUUCUUAUGCUUCCUUAAGCCGUUACAUAAGUGAAUUCUCACAGGCGAUUCCCCAGGAUCAGUUUGACUCGUUUAGAAGCAAAUUGGUGAGCCUUAAUGAAGCAGUUAUAUCCAAACUUCGAGGAGAGACUCUUACACAAGAUAACUUGUCUGAAAUUCGUGGGAUGUUUCAAGAGCUUAGAGAAGAGCUCAGAGAAGAUAUGAUUCAAGGAAGAAUGGCCUCCAAGAAGGACAGAAUAGCCUCAGAGAAGAUAUGAUUCUAGGACAAAAUAUCAUCAGAGAAGAAAUAGAAAGACAACUUGGACUUAUUGAAAGAUCUUUUCGAGUCAAUAUGAGUGAUAUUGUCUCAAGCAUCAGCCAAACAAAUUCCAAAAUGAACAAGACAAGGACCUCAGCACAGAGAUCUGAAAAACAUUAUUAAUAGAAAAGCUGGCAAGGAUACAAAACCGAUUCCGUUUAUAAAUGGAGAAAAUGCUACUACUGACCUACCUGAGUUAAAAACCAUUUCCGACAUUGACAGUUUGAGUCUAACCCAAUUGAAAACGUACGUGGAAGGUUAUGGCUACAAGUAUGAUCGGAAUGAGCCUAAACCUUUUUUAAAAAGAAAGAUUUCAAAUUCUGUCGGUUUAAUUUCUCCGCAAAAUACAUUAUAUGAGUUUUCCGACAGCACGAAACCCUUCAAGAUAUAAGGAAUCAAACUUACUACACCAGAUCGACAUGCAGGAAGACUCACACCUCGUCAUCAUUGAUGAAUGUUUACGACCAAAAUGUUAUCUUUAUUCUUCCCCCAGAUUCUAACACUAUAAUUUAAGAAAAAUGAUUUGAUACUUCGUCAUUCACUUGACUACCUUAAUAAAGUCUGGAAUUGCAUUUCAAAACAACUUCACAACUGUUCUAAUCAUGAAUAUCAUGUAACCCAUUUAUUUUUAAUAUUAAAUGAGGUUGUUAUAAUAUACUUAACAUGUUAAAAUAAUGAAUUCUAUUUUUUUGACAUUCGAAACGAUUAAACAAUCAGAUCCGAUAUAGCAAGGAC